UCACGGCCCCGGGACCCCGCACCCAUGGGCGGCUGCCGGGCCCCGCCGCCGCCCGGGGCGGCUCCUCGCCGUCCUCGGCCCCCGGUACCGGCCAGCGCCGGCGGGACACAGCCCGGGGCCUGAGGGAAAUCCCGGGAAGAGGCCACGGGAAGCUCGGGAAAUCCCGCGGCAGGAUGGAGAGCAAGGCCGUGGAUCUCCACACCUUCUCCGAGCGGGAGAACGGAUCCGUCCUGGAGGAGCCCUUGGAGGGACGGAGCCUGUCCAAGCUGAACCUCUGCGAGCACGAUCCCGGCCGCAGGACGAGGCCCUGGGGCUGCCGCGGCCGGAUGGGCUCCGUGGCGGCGCUGAAAUAUUCCGUGGUGGGACUUUACCUGCUGGUGCUCCUCAUCCUGGUGGGAAUCUUCAUCCUGGCAGUGUCCCGGCCCCAGGCGUCCCCCGAGGAGCUGAAGGCGCUGCUGGGCGACGUCCAGCGCCUCAACGAGACCUUCCGGGACCUGCAGCUGCUGCAGUGCCCCCCGCCCCAGGGCGACCUCCUGGAGCACAUCUGGAGGCUCCAGGACCUCCUGCAGAACCACUCGGACUCGCUGCUCCUGCUCUCGGGCUCGCUGCAGAGGCUGCAGGGGCUCCUGUGGGCGCUGCAGAGCCAGGCCGGACAGACGGACAGCUCGCUGUGGCGGCUGCGGGACUCGCUGGGCCAGCAGAGCGACGCGGCGCAGCUGGAGCUGUCGCGGCUCUCGGUGGAGGCCAACGGCAGCCGGCUGCUCCUGGAGCACCACCAGCACCUCCUGGGCACCUGGGCGCGGCUGGAGGCGCUGGGCGAGCAGGCGGCGGCGCUGGGCGCGGCGGUGGAGUCCAUGAACCGCAGCUUCUCCUACGAGCUCCGCCUGCAGUGCUCCCGGCUCCGCGACCUGCAGGGGCUGCUGGGCAACGCCAGCGCCGACGGGCGCAGGAUGCGGGCGGCGCACGGCGCCAUGGAGAGGCAGCUGAGGCUGGAGCUGGCCCUGCUCAACAACAUCACCGAGGAGCUGCGCAUGAAGGACUGGGAGCACUCCGUGGCGCUGAGGAACAUCUCCGUGAUCCGGGGGCCACCGGGACCCAAAGGCGACCGAGGCACGGAGGGGAUGGAGGGAGAGCCCGGCCUGCCCGGCGUUCUUCCCGGGCUCCGAGGCAUUCCCGGCGAGCGGGGCCCGCCCGGCCCGCGCGGACCCAAGGGGGACCAGGGCGAGCUGGGCCCGCGCGGCCCCACGGGAACGCGCGGCUUCAAAGGCGAGCGCGGCCCCAAGGGGGACAAAGGGGACAGGGGGGACCGAGGAGCCGCCGGUGGCACCGUUCCGUUGGAGGGCUCGGUGCGGCUGGUGAACGGCUCCGGGGAGCACGAGGGGCGCCUGGAGAUUUUCCACGAGCGGCGCUGGGGCUCGGUGUGCGACGACGGCUGGGACGGGCGGGACGGGGACGUGGCGUGCCGCAUGCUGGGCUUCCCCGGCGCCGCCGACGUCUUCCGCAUGGCGCGCUUCGGACAAGGCACGGGGAAGAUCUGGAUGGACGACGUGUCCUGCACGGGCACCGAGGAGUCCCUGGAGCUCUGCGGCUUCUCGGGCUGGGGCCGCACCAACUGCGGCCACGCCGAGGACGCUGGCGUGCGCUGCCGGACAGACUGACCCCAAAAUCCAUCCCAAAACGGAGUGACCCCAAAAUCCAUCCCAUAACGGAGUGACCCCAAACCCACCCCAAAACGGAGUGACCCCAAAAUCCACCCCAUAACGGAGUGACCCCAAAACCCACCCCAUAACGGAGUGACCCCAAACCCAAACGGACUGACACCAAACCCACCCCAUAACGGAGUGACCCCAAAAUCCACCCCAUAACGGAGUGACCCCAAACCUACCCCAAAACGGAGUGACCCCAAAAUCCACCCCAAAAUGGAGUGACCCCAAAAUCCAUCCCAUAACAGACUGACCCCAAACCUACCCCAAAACGGAGUGACCCCAAAAUCCAUCCCAUAACACACAGACACCAAACCCACCCCAUAACGGAGUGACACCAAACCCACCCCAAAACGGACUGACCUCAAACCCACCCCAAAACGGAGUGACCCCAAAAUCCAUCCCAAAACGGAGUGACCCCAAAAUCCACCCCAUAACGGAGUGACCCCAAAAUCCAUCCCAUAACAGACUGACCACAAACCCACCCCAAAACGGAGUGACCCCAAAUCCAUCCCAAAAGGGAGUGACCCCAAAUCCAUCCCAUAACAGACUGACCACAAACCCACCCCAAAACGGAGUGACCCCAAAUGCAUCCCAUUACAGACUGACACCAAACCCACCCCAUAACACACUGACACCAAACCCACCCCAAAAUGGAAUGGCCCCAAAAUCCACCCCAAAAGGGAAUAACCCCAAAAUCCACCCCAUUACAGACUGACACCAAACCCACCCCAAAAUGGAGUGACCCCAAAAU